CAGUUCUACUACUGAGGACACGUGACUCUAGCUGGGCGUGUCCCGCCAGAUGCUGCUCAGGGGGCUGUUGUUGUCAUGUGACUUGCGGCUCUGGGGGUGACAGGAAGAUGGCGGCGUGUGGGGGGUCUCCGUGCUGCUGCUGCUGUGGGGACAGGGAGAGCCGUACCCCGGAGGAGCUGACCAUUCUGGGGGAGACCCGUGAGGAAGAUGAGGAGAUCUUGCCACGUAAGGAUUAUGAAAGCUUGGAUUACGAUCGAUGCAUCAAUGACCCUUACCUGGAAGUACUGGAAUGCAUUAGCCACAAGAAAGCCAGGCGGUACGAGGCGGUGCGCUGGAUCAUGGUCUUUGCUAUCGGAGUGUGCACAGGACUGGUUGGGCUGUUCGUGGAUUACUUUGUCCGCCUGUUUUCCCAGUUUAAGUUCCGAGUGGUACAAGGCUCUGUGGAGGAAUGUACGGACCGAGGCUGCCUUGCCCUCUCUUUACUGGAACUCCUCGGAUUCAACUUGACUUUUGCCUUCAUCGCAACCCUGUUUGUCCUCCUACAGCCUGUGGCGGCUGGUUCUGGCAUACCCGAGAUUAAAUGUUACCUGAAUGGGGUGAAGGUCCCCGGCGUGGUCCGGCUCAGAACACUGGUCUGCAAAGCUUUGGGCGUCUUGUUCAGUGUGUCCGCAGGACUGUUUGUAGGCAAGGAGGGGCCGAUGAUCCACAGCGGGGCUGUUGUCGGAGCAGGGUUACCUCAGUUCCAGAGUAUUUCUUUCCAGAAGAUUCGCUGUGACUUUCCGUAUUUCCGCAGCGACAGGGACAAGAGGGACUUUGUGUCCGCAGGAGCGGCUGCCGGGGUGGCUGCUGCCUUCGGGGCCCCUAUCGGGGGUACACUCUUCAGCUUGGAAGAAGGCUCCUCGUUCUGGAAUCAGGGCCUAACAUGGAAAGUGCUCUUCUGUUCCAUGUCCGCCACGUUCACACUGAAUUUCUUCCGAUCCGGGAUUCUGUUUUCAAGCUGGGGAUCCUUCCAAGUGCCCGGGCUGCUCAAUUUUGGGGAAUUUAAGUGCUCGGAGACGGAUAAGAAGUGUCACCUGUGGACGGUGCUGGACCUGGCGUUCUUUAUCAUCAUGGGGAUGAUCGGGGGCUUACUCGGAGCCACGUUCAACUGUCUGAAUAAGAGGCUGGCAAAGUACCGCAUGAGGAACGUGCACCCCAAGCCAAAGCUGGUCAGGGUGUGUGAAAGCCUCUUGGUCUCUUUGGUCACCACAGUAAUUGUCUUUGUGUCAUCAAUGGUUCUGGGAGAAUGUAGAAAACUGUCUCCUCCCACAAGCUGGAGUAAUGGCUCCAUCGUCAUGCAGGUCUCCUCGUCAGAUGAAGUGAAUUCCAGCAUCAGAACGUUCUUUUGUCCUAAUGACACCUACAACGACAUGGCGACCCUCUUCUUCAAUCCCCAGGAGUCGGCCAUCUUGCAGCUCUUCCACCAGGAUGGCACGUUCAGCCCCGUCACGCUGUCUGUCUUCUGCUGCCUGUACUUCCUGCUGGCAUGCUGGACCUACGGCGUCUCUGUGCCCAGUGGCCUCUUUGUGCCCUCCUUGCUCUGCGGUGCAGCCUUUGGUCGCUUGGUUGCUAACCUCCUGAAAAGUUAUUUGGGAAUGACUCAUAUCUACUCUGGGACGUUCGCCCUGAUUGGAGCCGCGGCUUUCCUGGGUGGCGUGGUCCGGAUGACCAUCAGUCUCACCGUCAUCCUUAUUGAAUCCACCAAUGAGAUCUCGUACGGAUUACCGAUAAUGAUUACGCUCAUGGUUGCUAAGUGGACUGGGGAUUUUUUCAACAAAGGCAUAUACGACAUCCACGUGGUACUUCGCGGCGUGCCGCUGCUGGAGUGGGAAACCGAGGUGGAAAUGGACAAGCUGAGAGCCAGUGAUAUCAUGGAGCCCAAUCUGACCUAUGUGUACCCUCACACACGUAUCCAGUCUUUGGUCAGCAUCCUGCGCACCACCGCGCAUCACGCCUUCCCGGUGGUGACGGAGAACCGCGGAAAUGAAAAGGAAUUCAUGAAGGGCAACCAGCUGAUUAGCAACAACAUCAAGUUCAAAAAGUCCAGUAUCCUGACCCGGGCAGGCGAGCAGAGGAAGCGCAGUCAGUCUAUGAAGUCCUAUCCGUCCAGCGAGCUGCGUAAUAUGUGCGACGAGCACCUGGCCACAGAGGAACCGGCGGAGAAGGAGGACAUGCUGCAGCAGAUGUUAGAGCGCAGGUACACCCCAUAUCCCAAUCUAUACCCUGACCAGUCCCCUAGUGAAGAGUGGACCAUGGAGGAACGAUUCAGACCUCUGACCUUCCACGGCCUCAUCCUCCGCUCGCAGCUGGUCACGUUACUAGUACGGGGAGUGUGUUACUCUGAGAACCAGUCUAGCGCCAGCCAGCCGCGCCUCACCCACACUGAGAUGGCGGAGGAUUAUCCACGUUAUCCAGACAUUCAUGAUGUUAACUUGACCCUCCUCAAUCCCAGAAUGAUUGUGGACGUCACUCCUUACAUGAACCAAUGUCCAUUCACUGUGUCGCCUAACACGCAUGCCUCGCAGGUGUUUAACCUGUUCAGAACCAUGGGGCUUAGACAUCUACCUGUGGUGAAUGCGGUGGGAGAGAUUGUUGGUAUUAUAACCCGGCAUAAUUUAACCCACGAAUCCCUAAAAGAGCGGCUGCGGCAGCACUAUAUGACCUCCUGAUCCCGCCGUCCUCCCUAAGGACUCAUCGGUGAACUGUGACCUCGCAUUUGCCCUAUUCUGGGUGGUUGAGCUUUCCAAAGACUUCACGCUUGAGUUCUGCCAUGUUGAAGACGGGUUCUCCAGUGCCGGACCGGUCAUGCCCUCCUCCUUCCCUGCAUCCUCGUACACGCUAAGGUCAUGUGUCCGCUAUUGUGUGUUCCGGGAGGAAGCUGCUAAUAGCAUGAGAACUAUUCCAGUGUAAAAGGGACCCUUCCGCCUACAGAUGUCUCCUCAUUCUAUGAUGCUUUCCACUCUGGAGCCGCUGGCAGAUCAGGUCACCGCGCAGAAUGCAAACAUCUUAUAUUCCCUGUGCCGCAAACACAGCGGAGGAAGCCAUUACCAAUUCUAGUGCUGCCACUGAGGCACAAAAUGGAGGUCAUUUACAAAGCGCAAACCGUCCACUGCACAGUGCAAAUGCAGCUUUGGACCUGCUCCGAUUCUCACGUAUAGGAUUCCACCAAAUCACACGUUUUAUGGCAUAAGACGGCAGCGGGUUUUUUUUUGUUGUUUCUUUUUUUUAGCGUUCCGUGCAAAGUCCAAGCCGCUUAUAUAGGUGGGAAGAGGGCAGGAUUUCAGGAGCCAUUCUCGCUGUGCGGAGAGGCGUUCAGUGUUGCCAGUGUUCAGGGCUUGUCCUGAGGCUUUGAGACUCCAUGUUGCACUUUGGAGAAGAGCGUUUCCAUACUCCCCCUAGAGGCAGUGUAAUAAAAGGCUCGCACAGAACAGGCAUGUGUAAUAGUGACGGCCUUCGUGGCCCCUUAUCGUGAGGAUUUAGCAGUCCGCACAUGGUGUUGAGCUAAGCAGUAUUAUAAUGUAAGGAGAGGUGUUUCUGCAGUGCGGUAGGUGGACCCGAUGAGACACUUACCCUCUCCGCUCUCACCUAGGCGGUGUGUUAGGCAAACACCUCUGGCCUUCUGGGCGGUAUGCCCCAUGCACUUUGUAAAUGGCCUCCGCUGCACUAUAUGUGAGCCCUUUAUCUGUGUCCACCCCGUCUCGUUACCACUGGCGUUUCAUGCCUGUGUCAGGAGGAGACGCACUCAGCAGAAAUUCUAGUAGUGUAAAAAGGAUGACGACCACUGAGGGAAUAGAGGCUCGUUUUAAGGACUCCGAUGUGUUUACAUGUAUAAUGUAUAAAAUCCCCAGACUGGCCCAGCCACACUAGAACACACUAUAUGCAGUAAUGAUGUAUAUACCAGGCGAUGGCUACAGAACUGGAAGAGGAUGUGUAUGUGAUCUAGGGACAGUAAUGUCUCUUCAUUCCGUCUGCUGACUCCCAUUGACCACAACCAGUCUGGUUACUACAUUGGUUCCUGAUACGUACACAGGAUGUCCCUGACCCUGUAGCUAUCCCUAUCCCUGGCCCCAGACAGGUCCUCUGUGCUGCUGUGAUAGCCUCGCACCUUACCUCCACUAUCUUGCUGCAUGGGAAUAUCAUUCCAGCUGCAUUUUCUGAUGUAUAAGAUAGAUCCGUUCCAUUUUGUCCAUUAUGUAAUAAGUCUUAUUAUUAGGUGUUCUAAUACUUUUGUCUUCUUACCAAUGAAUGUUAGGUGUGGAAGGUUACACAGUGGAAGGUAGUGCCAGGUCACCUAUAGAGAAGGGGGUGUAUGGAAUGUGCUACCUAAGGUAAGAUAUUAGCAGUUGCAGAGGAGUUCAGUGUUUAAAGGCAUUAAUCGUUUCUAAGUAACUUCACGUAUCCCUGUGGUAUGCACAGUGUUAAAGGCAUGCUGAAACUUGUAGUACCACAACAGCCAGAGAUGCUGCGGCGGAUGUUGCAGAACACAUUGUAUCAGGGUUAUGUUCUAGUCUUAUUACAGAGUGUCUGCAGAGCUACUCCCGCCGCCCACACUGCCCCAAAGAAAAUUGCUGAAAUGAUGGAUACGGCAACAAAAUAUGAAGCCUCGAGCUAUUCAGGGCUUAUUUAUUUUUCCAAUGCCAAAGGUUUUUUGCAGAAAUGUCCCAGAAAUCAGUCAUCCUGAGUAGCUGUCAUGCCGCGCAGUGUACCGGCAUCCGUCACCUGCGAUGCCAUUUACAAAAUGUGUUUUUUCUGUUCCUAAAGUCCUUAUUAUGCGAAGUGUGUUACGGUAUGACAGGGAGACAUAUGAGCUGUACAGGGCCGCCGUCGGGAGCUGCUGGAAUAAUAUUUGCAACAAAACCUAUAACCCGCGUCCGCUACCAGGUGUGACCCUGUGACCCUGCAGCUACCAAUGGGACGGAUUGUUACAGUGAAUGCAAGUCCCUUUAUGUUACUGCUGUGCAGUACGGUCCGUGGGGGUCACAUUCCAGGAACUGGAAAUCAUUGAUAACUGGAUCUUUGUUUUCUGUGUUAUUUAGUUGGCUCUCUUCAUGAAUUCCACCUUCCUUAUGUUUAAAAUUAACGGUCAAAAUUCCAAAAACUAACGUGAAGGAAGUAGUAAUUUAUUUGUGAGGUUUUUCUUUUCUGUAUGUUUAUAUCCAUUAUAAAAAGUUUAUGUUAUAUAGGGUCAGUGUUCCAUGCGUUCAGCAUCCGAAGCCUAUUCUGAUCUGCAUCACGCUAAACUUCAGGGAAUCUGGAAUCUGUCUCUGUGUCUGACUGCUACACAGCAGGCGAUGGGGGUGUUACACAUGCCUCUGCUUCAUGUUGGGUCAGGUUUUGGGGGUUUUAUUAGAUGGUGACUUACAUUAUGCUGACAUUUUGUGGCGUCUGCCAGUCUGUGAGCCCCAAAUGUGUGUUCCCCAGUGUUGGACCAUCUUGUACGUAUCUUGUAUCAUAUAUGUGUGUUCCAGGGUCUAGUUUCUGUUGGACCAUCCUGUCUAUGUAUGUUCCAGCGCUUUGUUUCUGUUGGACCAUCAUGUAUGUGUAUUGUAUCAUCUAUGUGUGCUCCAGGGUCAAGUUUCUGUUGGACCAUCCUGUAUGUGUAUUGUAUCAUCUAUGUGUGCUCCAGGGUCUAGUUUCUGUUGGACCAUCCUGUAUGUGUCUUGUAUCAUCUAUGUGUGCUCCAGGGUCUAGUUUCUGUUAGACCAUCCUGUGUGUGUCUUGUAUCAUCUAUGUGUGCUCCAGGGUCUAGUUUCUGUUGGACCAUCCUGUAUGUGUCUUGUAUCAUCUAUGUGUGCUCCAGGGUCUAGUUUCUGUUAGACCAUCCUGUGUGUGUCUUGUAUCAUCUAUGUGUGCUCCAGGGUCUAGUUUCUGUUAGACCAUCCUGUAUGUGUCUUGUAUCAUCUAUGUGUGCUCCAGGGUCUAGUUUCUGUUGGACCAUCCUGUAUGUGUCUUGUAUCAUCUAUGUGUGCUCCAGGGUCUAGUUUCUGUUAGACCAUCCUGUGUGUGUCUUGUAUCAUCUAUGUGUGCUCCAGGGUCUAGUUUCUUUUGGACCAUCCUGUAUGUGUCUUGUAUCAUCUAUGUGUGCUCCGGGGUCUGGUUUCUUUUGGACCAUCCUGUAUGUGUCUUGUAUCAUCUAUGUGUGCUCCAGGGUCAAGUUUCUGUUAGACCAUCCUGUGUGUGUCUUGUAUCAUCUAUGUGUGCUCCAGGGUCUAGUUUCUGUUGGACCAUCCUGUAUGUGUCUUGUAUCAUCUGUGUGUGCUCCAGGGUCUAGUUUCUGUUGGACCAUCAUGUAUGUGUCUUGUAUCAUCUAUGUGUGCUCCAGGGUCUAGUUUCUGUUGGACCAUCAUGUAUGUGUCUUGUAUCAUCUAUGUGUGCUCCAUGAUCUAGUUUCUGUUGGACGAUCAUGUAUGUGUCUUGUAUCAUCUAUGUGUGUUCCAGGGUCUAGUUUCUGUUGGACCAUCCUGUCUAUGUAUGUUCCAGUGCUUGGUUCCUGUUGGACCAUCCUGUACGUAUCUUGUAUUGUCUACUUAAUGUGUUUUUUUCUCUUUCUACUAUAAGCCCUGUCCACAGAUUCGUGGAAGGGCAGGUUAUCUCCAGUGGGAACAAUGCCAGUGGCUAGCCAGAUGCAAUAGGUGUGUGGUUGGAAGACAUCUGAAGGAGACGUGCUGUAGCAAACCUUUGAAAGAGGAGAAAUGGAAGUGUCUCAGCAGAUCAGCUUCUCGCCCUCCUUUAUCUAGUACAUAGUAUAAAAUCAUAGCUAGUCUCCGGAAGCCAUGGGCACGUACUCCAGUUGAACUCUUUAGAAGGUUCGGUACAUCUCCCUAUUGCCCCGGUCUGAGGACCCUUGGCACCUGAAUAGAUCUCUGACACCCUUUGUAAGGCUGUAAUGUAAAGCAGCAAUCCCAUGAUAAUAAUAUGAGGUGUCUUAUUUUACCUGUGACAGUCUAUAAAAUGUAUUUUCUCUGACGUCCUAGUGGAUGCUGGGAACUCCGUAAGGAC